AAGAGCACAAAUUUAUUGAUGAGAAUUGAUAGAAAACAUUCCAGUUAGGAAUAAUAUGAAUUUUGGUAGUGAUACGUCAAGUAGUUUUGCCUGUACGAGGGUUCAAAUCUGAUAGUUUUUGGCAAUCGGCAUUUUUCUAUUUUUUUCGGAAAAUUGACACUUUUUUCAUAUGUUCAAAAAUUUGAAUAUUAAAAGUAACGGUUAUAAAAAAAGUGUUUAUUUUAGUUACUUGGGAUGUCAAAAACUUGGCUUCACCUUUGUUUGGGUGUAAAUAGUGAUCAUAUGGUGUUUACAGUUACAAACACCUGUUGUACUUAGUUCAUCUAUUUUGUAAAGCAAAUCUUGAAAUUAGUGGAGUAGAAAAAAAAGGUUAAAAAAGUUUAGUCUACAUUUUUGUUGAUUUUAGUUGUGAAAAUGACCACCUCUUUAAAAAACUGUGACAUAUUUUUGGAAUGGUUAGAAGUAAAGGAUCAAAGUAUGUCAUAUGUUCUGGCAAAACUUAAAGAAUUUAUUGAGGAUCGAAUUGGAAGGAAAAUGACGGGCGAAGAACACAUAAAGGUUAAAAAUAUUUGCUACAAAUUGUCUUCUACGUGGAAAAAAUACUAUCGAAAGAGGGAUAAAGUAGAAAUGGUCUUAAAAGAUUGGUUUCUUAUGGAUACGUUUAAAUUUGAUUCGGAACCUGAUAAGUCUACAUCAAGAGGUCGACCACGCAUUAACUUUGAGGAAAGUUCAUGUAGAACAAAAAGGCGACGUGUAGGUGAACUUGUUGCAUCUACUUCGGCGGACAUCAUAACAACAGCUGCAAAAAGAUUUUCGAAUGUAAAGGAAACGGACAUUAUUUCAGUGGAAAAAGCAUUGGCGCUCUACGUGGAUAUGGAUUUAUCAGUUAGACAGUAUAACAUGAUGAGAAAUGCUGUAAAUGCUAUACAUAAAAAUUGUUUCCCAUCGUAUUAUGCUAUAGCAGAAGCUAAGAAAAAAUUGAUUCCAGAAAAUAUAGAAGUGACGGAAACAUCAAUGAAUGUACCUCUACAAACACUUUUGGAUAAUACCGCGAAGAGCAUUCUAACUAAACUACAAAUUUGUCCGAAAAAUAAUAUAACUUUAGAAUGUAAAUGGGGAUUUGAUGGCAGCAGUGGUCAUAGCCUCUAUAAACAAAAAUUUCGAAACGAAGACGCAACAGAUGAAUUUAUGUUCGUUUCUUCAUUUGUGCCCUUGCGUAUUUUAGAUCAUACAAACGAAAAUGUCUUGUGGCAGAACGACAGGCACUCAUCUUCAAGGCUAUGUAGACCUAUUAAAAUACUUUUUACAAAGGAAAAUUCACAGACUAUAAAUGAAGUCAAAGAAAACAUAGAGAAAGAAAUAGCAGAUUUGGAUGCUUGUGUAUACAUUGAUAACAGUUAUGAAAUUAUGAUUUCUCAUCGCAUGAAACUAACAAUGAUUGACGGAGCUGUAUUAAAUGUAUUGUAUGGCAAUAAAAGUUGUGCAACCUGUGUUUUAUGUGGCGCCAAGCCUUCACAAAUGAAUGAUGAAUCUAUAUACCAAAGAGAAGUCAACGAAGAGUGUUAUAGGAACGUCAAACGCUGCGAUGGACGGUUAUUGUCAUCAUCGCCAUCAUCAGCGAACAGCAGCGACAACGACAAACAGCUGUAUGAUGUUCCAUCAUACAACGAAUGGUUUGAUGCAGCUUUACCCAAAUCUGAAACUACUUUUGGUAAAAUUGGCGUGGGACGCAGCAUAAAUUUGAAAGAGAUUGAUUUAAAGCUGCGCAAUUAA